GACAGAAAAAGUUUCCCCUGUAACCAAACAGGAACUUUCUUAGGUUCCAUACUCAGCUAGUUGAUUCUUUCCUGACAUUUUUUUUGUAUUGGGAACCAAACACGUUGAAUAUUUGCUGGCUUUUGUCCUCUUUUAUUUUCUUUAUUAAAUUCUGAGAUGUUCUCCACUAUUUUUAUUUAUUUUUAUUUUUAAAAUUUUGCAUGCAGGGUAUUGAAUUAUCUCCUUCCUGGAUUUAGAUUUUUAGGUGACAGAUCUCUGCACUGACUUCUGUAAAUGCAUAUCUGUAGAUAUGUUCCACCUUGGCUCAGUCAGAUUCUGGCCUGCAUGGGGAAAUUAUUGUUACACAAACUGCAGACAUCUUCUUCCCAUAUUAUAAGAGAACAGAGGUUGUCUUGGGUGCUUCGUAAAAACUCCGAUAAUUAUUUCAAUGGACGAGGCAUCUAAGGGACUAAGAAUUCAAGGCCAAACAAUGAAGAUUGACAGCAGAUCAGAAGAGUUUUGGAGCAGCAGCGCUUUUGAAAUAGAUCAUAGUGCCGCUCAGUCCCACGGAAGCAUCUCAUCGACUGGCAUAUCAAACCAUCCUUGUGAUCCUCAAAGUAGUGCUGGCAGUCAGAUUCAUCCUCCUGAAUAUGUCAAUCAUGGUCUUCUUCUCUGGAACCAGACAAGGCAACAAUGGGUUGGAAAUAGAAGGCCUGAGAAUCAGACACAAGCUGGAGAAUCCAGAUUAAGGUUUCUACAAUCUACAUUGUACAAAUAUCAAACAGCACUUCAGCUUUUUUCCUUAAUUUUCAUUAAAAGUUGGAAUGACACCUACGGAAGUCUACUUGGGACUAAUAAGCAUUUUCCCCAGCCCAUUCCUCUUGGAGAAAUGGUUGACUUUCUUGUUGAUAUUUGGGAGCUAGAGGGUAUGUAUGACUGAGCAGGCAAAGUAGGCUCUUUGUUUUUUCUUAGAUUUUGCAGCAUAGAGGUGAGGUAGAAUUUCUUUGUCCUCCUCCAGUCCUGCAGAAUACUUGUACAUAGGGUAACUCUUACUAGUUAUUUUUAUUUUAUCUUUCAUAGUCUAGAAAACAGUAUGUUUACAAAAAUAUAAUGGUGAAAUUGCGUAUAAUUGACCCUCAUCCUUGUCAUCUCUCAAAGUUGGGGAGUUUUGUAUACUAAUUUUUUUUAUUAAGGAUAGACAAAUCAUCCGCAGCAAAGGGAAUGCUAUGUUAAUUUCAUGCUUCAGCUAAUGCAAGCUUCUGUCUUAAGCAAGGAUAUUUGAGAACUGAUGCUGUUAAGAACUGACAAAGGACAUGUUAUCCCAGGAUGGUCACUUGUGUUUAUGUUCAUGGCCUGAUAUUUGUCACCUCUCAAAUUAAGAUGUGAUCCAUCCACUGCUGCAAUUUCAAGUAAUUGUUAAAGAAAUGAAGUAAAUUAGAAUUAGGGUAGUUAGGGUUCAUGUCCUGAUACCAAUAGCUAAAAAAUAAUCUGAGUUGCCUAGA